CACAACUACAAAACAACCAUCCUCCUGCACAAGACCUCCUGUCCUUCUGCAGGUGUCUCCUUGCUCUCGCUGCACUGCACACCACCAUGGACGCCUCAUUCUCCCUCCACAAGUCCGUCGCAGGGACAGACGCGCUCGACAUCAGCAAGCUGUAUGACGUCAGCGGGCGGGUCGCUGUCGUGACGGGCGGAGGAACAGGUCUCGGACUCGUCACCGCAACUGCAUUGGCUGAGAACGGCGUGCGGGUGUACAUCACCGGCCGGCGGUUGGAGCCUCUGGAGGCCGCGGCGGAGUUCAAGCCGCGCAAGGGCAACGGCUGCAUCAUUCCCAUCCAGGCGGACCUCGGCACUAAGGACGGCAUCAAGGCGCUCGUCGAGGCGGUCUCUCACUCCGAGAAGUUCGUCAACAUCCUUAUCAACAACCACGGCAUCUUCAGGGGCCGCGCCAAAAUCGGCAACCCAACGGCCCAGAGCGCGGAGGAGGUCGGGCGGGCGAUGUUCGACGAUGUAUCUUGGGAGGACUGGACGGAGGUGUGCUCGACGCACUGCGCGUCGCCGUACUUCACCACCGCUGCGUUCCUCCCUCUCCUGGCGGCCGCCAAGGACCACGGCUUCGCCGAGCCGGGUAACGUCAUCCAGAUCGCGUCGCUGUCGGGCAUCACGCGGACCAGCCAGCGCGGGCAGAUGCCCUACAACGUCUCCAAGGCCGGCACGAUCCAUCUCGCGCUCAUGCAGAGCACCGAGUUUGCGCGCCGCGGUCUUGGGAUUCGCGUGAAUGCCGUCAGCCCGGGAUACUUCCCGUCGGGGAUGAGCGUGUCCGACUUUGAGGAUAAGCAGGGCGAGGCGCAGCACUGGCGCGACGAGUACGGCAUCCCAUUCCAGCGCGUCGGCAGCGCCGUUGACUACGCGCAGUGCAUCAUCGGCCUGGUGGUGAACCAAUACAUUACGGGCACAAACGUUAUUAUCGACGGUGCAUGGCUUGCAGCGCAAGAGUUCUAGUACAGUAUGUCACUGGCAAAGCCAACCCGCAACCACCUCGAGUUAGUCGGUGGUUCGCAAUGUAACAGGUAGACAGUCUACUAUUUAGAAUCCGUGCCGCUUUCACAUCAUAGACAUAGACUGCCCAGCAUCAAACGGUUUUGGCAGUGGCGCAGCUUUCCGCGUUCCCGUGUGAAUUGUCCAAUCGGGCUGAGCCUGUUGAGAUGGAG